CCAAUCUGAACGCUUUGGGUCCAUUUGUGCUGAGAAGAAGCGCUGAAAAAUGCAGAGCUGCGCUAAGUCCUGGCGCUUCUUCUGGGCCAAGAGUCCAAGCAGGAGCCGUGUGCUCUUGACCCGUACACCCGGAUCAGGGGCUGUUGCCGCCUGCGGGCUUAAAGCCAGUUCAUCGAACUCAGGUACUGGCACCGCUGUUCGCCAGCUAAGCUCCUGCUCAUCUACCCACCGGAGGAUUGAGAGCAUUUUCCCUAGACAUGAUGAUUUCUCAGAGAGACACAUUGGUCCAGGUGAGAGGGAGAAGAAAGAGAUGCUGGACCUUCUGGGCUUUAAGUCCAUCGAUCAGUUGAUCGACAAAACGGUUCCGUCCUCCAUCCGCCUGCAGGGCAACAUGAAGAUGGAUGAUCCAGUCUGUGAAAAUGAAGUCCUGGAAACUUUGCAAAAAAUUGCAUCAAAAAACAAGUUGUGGAAGUCGUACAUAGGCAUGGGCUACUACAACUGCUCGGUACCGCCCCCUAUACAGCGCAAUCUCCUGGAGAACUCAGGCUGGGUCACACAGUACACACCAUACCAACCGGAGGUUUCUCAAGGUCGUCUGGAGUCGCUGCUUAACUACCAAACAAUGAUAUGUGAUAUGACAGGGUUGCCGGUCGCCAACGCCUCCCUGCUGGAUGAGGGGACGGCGGCUGCUGAGGCCAUGCAGCUCUGCCAUAGACAGAACAAAAGACAGACUUUCUACAUCGACCCACGCUGUCACCCUCAGACAAUUGCUGUGGUGCAGACCAGAGCCAAUUACAUCGGUGUCCAGACAGAGCUGAAACUUCCUCAUCAGAUGGAUUUCUCGGGUAAGAACGUUAGCGGCGUUCUCUUUCAAUAUCCUGACACUGAUGGCAAAGUGGAGGACUUCACUGAGCUCGUCGACCGUGCACAUAAAGGAGGGGCUCUGGCCUGCUGUGCCACUGACCUCCUGGCCCUCUGUACCCUGCGUCCUCCUGGAGAAUUUGGCGUAGACGUUGCUCUUGGCAGUUCUCAGAGGUUUGGGGUACCUCUUUGCUACGGCGGCCCCCACGCUGCCUUUUUUGCAGUCAAGGAAAACCUUGUCAGAAUGAUGCCGGGUAGAAUGGUUGGUGUCACCAGGGAUGCUGCAGGUAAAGAAGUGUAUCGCCUGGCGCUGCAGACCAGAGAGCAGCACAUUCGCAGAGACAAAGCAACCAGCAAUAUCUGUACAGCUCAGGCUUUGCUUGCCAACAUGGCUGCCAUGUACGCUCUUUACCACGGACCUCAGGGGCUCAAACACAUAGCCGAUAGGACACAUGCAGCAGCGCUCAUCCUGGCUGAAGGUGUGAAGAGGGCAGGUCAUCGCCUCCACAGUGAGAUUUUCUUCGACACAUUGAAGAUUAAAUGCAGCGUGGCAGCCAAAGACAUCUUAGAGCGAGCAGCUCAGAAACACAUCAACCUGAGAGUCUACACCGAGGGAGAGAUUGGUGUGUCUCUGGAUGAGACGGUGACCGAGAGGGACUUGGACGACCUGCUCUGGGUCUUUGGGUGUGAAUCCUCAGCUGAGCUGAUGGCUGAGAAGAUGGGUGAGCGGGUGAAAGGAAUCAUGGGAAGUCAUUUUAAGAGGACCAGCAAGUAUUUGAAUCACCAGAUUUUUAACAGUUAUCAUUCAGAAACAAACAUUGUUCGAUACAUGAAGCGUCUAGAGAACAAAGACAUCUCUCUGGUUCACAGCAUGAUUCCUCUGGGCUCCUGUACAAUGAAACUCAACAGCUCGUCUGAACUAAUGGUGAGUCAUAUGAAAAUACAGGCUGGUGGUCUGCUUGCUGGGCAUUGCUGCCUGACACCCCUCCACCAGUGCCUUUGUGCUGUCGUGCUCAUCUAAACACCUCCCUGGGCCCCGCUAGUGCCUGAGUGUCACUAGUGGUGCCAACUUACCUCAAGGGUGAUUUCCUUGGUAUGAUCACGGGGUGGGG